AUGCUCUCUGCAAUUACACAACCAUCAAUGUCUAACAAUAAUGACAAGACCACAAGAUCUAGGCCACAGUCACCUACAAGGAAGAUCCCCUCUAGCGGUAUCAAGAUUGAGCCAAGACACGAAUCCUUUCACUCGUCCUCAGUUACUCCAAAGGAACAAAGCAAUGACGAUGCACAGCAGCGAUCAGCAGCAGCAUCGUCUUCUCCCCAUAUACUAAAGGGCAAUGGACUAGAGAGUGACCUUGAGGGAGAUCGGAUGGAAUAUACGGACGAGGCUCCUUUACAUCCUCUAGCUCCGGCAAGGCCCUUAGUACAGCAGCAGCAGCCCUCUUAUGCAAUAUCUACACAAGCCCAGCGCAUCAACAAUUAUUGA